AUGGAAGCCCCCCCGCUGGCGAUCUCCACCCACUACUACAAGCUCGCCCACUUGAAGGCGAUCUCCUAUGCCAUCUACCUCAGUCCCGAUGGCAACGACCAGCGGCUUUUCGAGACCGAGCUCGAAUGGCGCUCGCGCCACCCCCGGUGUCUUCUCACUUACAACAACAAGUGUCUCUUCCUGUUUUCAGUGACGCCAGAGGUAAUUGACCUCGAACAACAGUUUCCUGAAGCAGUGAAGUUGAAGCACCGGGCUACGGUGCCGGUGGCUCGGUUCACAGCGCCGCCCAAGCCUCAGCAGCCAGCACAAGGUGCCACGCCUCAGGCCGACUACUACCUACCGUUUGCCAACAUUGCCUUCGUCAAAGCGGUGAAGAAGAUGAUCAUGUACAUGUUACUGUUACACCAUCAGGUGCACUUAUUCGGCAACUACGGGGUGUUAGCUGACGAUGGCCGCGUGCUCUAUAUUGACCCAUUUCUAUUCAGUUCCGGCGACUUGGUGGUGCUGAUCCUCGUCAAGGACCGACCCAGGCUUCAACCACUGCUGUCAAUUGACUGGCAGCUGCAGUCAGAGGUCAAUUUCGUCAUCUAUACCAUACCUACCGCCAUAAGGUGCCAUUUAUGUGAUCCUGAUCUGCUAGCGGCGAAUAUCGUUACCAAAAACGACCACGAUAACGUUGAGGUUAUACUAAACCUCAUACGAUUGGCUACCGGCCGGACUUACGAUAAUCCUGCCGACAUCGUGUGGAUAAAAUUGGUGCCUAAUUUAAAGCAGUGGAACAACCAAACUUCCACAAUUGCCAAAUUCAUUCACACUAUUGACAACCGCAAGUGCAUAUUGUGGCCGUGGGACAUGUGUCUUCUCCAGUUCGGCGAGAUGGAGCCGUUUGUGCCGCCUCAACCUCGUCGCUCAAUAUCAGAAGUGGCCGCUCCCCUGGUACCUCUUACACUCAUGCUGGAGUUUAUCGAUUAUAACAUCAACCACAGUCACCGUCGCAUGUCGCUGACCCAGCCUCAGCCUCCCCAGUUGGGUCUGGCACCUAAUUCGAUCGCUAUGCCCCGGCUGAUGGACGUCACUCCCAUCGUCCCCGAAAUGUUUUCCGGAAAUGAUGACCUCUUUGGUGAUAAUACCAGCCACCCUGGAAGCAUUCCCCCACCAGAGAUCAACGCUACCGCAAACGAUCCGUUGCUGCUAGCAGGGGCAGCGGACCCACAACACCCGCUGGACGACUCGAUGGACAUCGACGAUCUCUUUGGCGGCGACGAUAAUCUCAGUGCGGCUGCUGCCAAAACUGAAGAUACUGAUGGGCUAUUUAAUCUAUUCGGCGGAGACGAUGACGAACCCUCGGAGGCUAUUGCCCCUACUUGCCCUAAUGAUGAUGUUCUGAGAGAAGGCUCUGGCAGCCGUUCCGCUUCUGUUGAAGCCAACAAGCUGUUUCCUGCGCCAGAGAACUUGCUGCCUGUGGACCGAGAGGAUCUUAAACGUACGCUACCGCAGCUGAUAGUGGAGCAAGUGAUCGACAUUCCCAAGGACAAAAUGACCAUAUCUAAGGAUGCCAAAGAUACUCCCGGCUACCGAGACCCUGGGGCCCCUGUACCGAUCAUGUUUACGCCUAAUUUAGCUCAUACCAAUCCUGUGGGCAACGGCUCUCCGAUGCUUGGGUCGCGCUACCCUCCACCCCCACCACCUUUGGCCCAGCCCCAACCACCCCACAACGAGCGCAGUGGCAGCGAGGAAAAGCUGGCUUUUUCUCCUAUUUUGUUCAACCCCAUCAUUCAGAGCAAUAUCGAUACCAAGUACGGUAAAGGCGGUAAGUUUUACGUCGAUAAAGCUGAGAAAGCCGUUGAAGAACCUCAGAAACGCCGAGAACUGAUCCGUGAAACACUGGUACUGGGCACACUUCCGUUCGACGAUAUCAAGCCGAAACGAGAGCUCCCUGAAGUGAUACUGGAUCUCGAUGACCUGAGCGAGUCUGACGCCGACGAUGUUGAAGAUACUCGCUACCCGGCGGAAGAGUGGUUCAACAAGACCAUUGGCAUCCCUGAGUUUCUGGGUAUUGCUGCUGCAACCUCCGCUACUUCGGUAGGAGGUGCUGCGACCAAUAAAGUGGCCCCACCGUCACCGCCAUAUAAGUUUCCCGAUAUGACGUUUCUGUUCCCGCAACCGUUUGAUACCCCACGCAGCAACCGCGAUAUGGCUAAGUCUGGCCACCAAACCGGGUUGGCGUACUUGGGUAGUCCUGGCGUGCGCUCGUUUGGUCCGUUGCUGGCGAAAGACCUCCCGUUUGACAGUGUUACUCCUCCCGUUAUAGAGGUUGAGGAAGAAGAUGCUUCAGGAGAUAUACACGACCCAAACACUGAGGAAACUGACGCGAUGGUGGUGGAUACCGAUGCUGAUGUGGUGUUGAUCAAGGAGAAACAACUCCCCCACCACCAUCACCACCCCCAGGAGCCGCUGAUGGUGCUGCCCCCCGAGCUGUCGCUGAACUACUUGCCAUUCAUCUUGAGAAGUGCUAACGUCUCCACCAUCCCCCCUCGUUUCUUGUUGAAUAACCAAAGAGAGGUGCCGACAAACUAUAACAUUGACGACGAUGGCAUCCAGACGGACGACUUUGACCCGUUGAAACAGGACCAGAUGGUGGUGCUGGCGCAGAACGUCGACGUGCUUCUCAAGUAUCUCCACGAGCUGUUGAUCUUUGACCUCAAUCUCAACUUGAAGCAGCACCCGGACCAGCUCGUGUACUCAAUGCCACCGACACAAUUCUUUGACCAGUGGAACUCGGUGUUCCCUCAGAGCUACCGCAUGCUGUUGCUUGAGUUUCUCGAUGGGUUCCAGCCUCCUCAGUCGCUGGAGUUGGAACAAAUUGAGUUUUUGGGUGACAUUACUACUGGCUACGACGAUGCUGGAAACGACGAUGGUGGUGAAGGGGUUUUCGCUCUGCUGAGUAACGGAGCGUCUACCAUUUCCCGCUUGCUCCGUAAACUCGAUAAGCUUGAAUGGGAGGGUAUUUCCGGUACCACCAGUGACAAAUACGAAGAGUAUGGCUCUGUACUCACUCAAUUAUUGGCUCCUCAACUCCGCGAUGAUUGGGACCAUGGCGAAGAUAAGAUCUUCUCCCUCCCCACCACCAAAAUCCGGUUGAAGAAGAAUGAAGAAACUAUCAAUUUGAACAGCUUCGCCCUUCCCUUCUGGAACUACUUGAACUUUAGCCCCAUCAUGCCUCCCAAGAAGUUUCAAGUAGUGGCUAUUGGUCGCUCCACCCCUGACAACUCGCUGUAUCUCCACGAUUUCGUCACUGAGGUGGUCAAUAACUACCACGAGAGCAACUUGGGGAGCAUCACCCGCGUCAACUUGCUGCCCGAUGAAUCACAUCUUGAUCUUGAAAGCAUUAUUCAAGGGGUUAUAUCCGUGGAUGACGACGAUAUCCUUCUGGUCCGCCGCCGUCUUUCCCAAUUGGUGGAGUUGAUUAAAUUGGACUUGAUCAACAAGACCAACAAUUUCGAGUUUGACCGUCCCCUUCUCGUUCUCUUUGUUAAUUUCCAGGAACAAAACUACAACUCGUUGCUCCAGAUUGCGAAGGUAUUCAGGGACUUCAAGGUGUCGUUGCUGAGACACCAGCUCCCCCUCGUCAAAUUCUUCACCAAGGUGGUGCCGGCACUGUACGUGGUGAAGCAGAACACCGAGGGCUACUGUCGCUUGCGCCCAUUCUCCAAUAUCAAGUUGACAAUGCUCUCGCUCAACUUGUACACCAUCUGUCCCAAUGCUGGAUACACUCUCGACGAAGUGGAACCACAAUACGGCAACAAUUUAUACACUCAUAUUGUGCGUGAUCCACCCCAACGCAUCCAGUUUAAGUUCAUGCAACAGCACCAGUCGGCCAAGGGUACCAAGAGUCUGUUUAACGACGAUAUUUUCUUGCACCUAGCGUUCGACCGCUCGUUGGACAAGCACUGGAUCUCGUGUGCGUGGAGCGACCCGUUGGGAUUGGUCAAUAUGACGAAGCUGUGGUAUUGCGAUGGCCAGAAGCAGAUCGGCGACAUCAUCGACGAGAUCUGGCAGGUGUCAUCUGACUUUUGCAAGCGCAUCAACGACGAGUUAUACAACAAAACCCUGCUGGUGGGCGGCAAGCGGUUUUUGGUGCUCACGCGGAUCAAUCUGAUCAUAUUGGAUGAUGAGUUGGUGCACUGGAAACGGCUUACCACCAAGCAUAAGGAGAUGGGGCUCAUCGUACUUUCAGUGACUCGCUCUACAUUAGACACAUUCUCGGUGCUGAUGCCUCCUCCCAGCGAUGACGACGCUGAGUUGCCGAAACCCGAGACGUCGGUAAUCAUUGACCGCGAAUCGUUCUUCAGACAGUUCAAUAACCGGCUGACGGAGACACUGCCGUCGACGCUCGUGACGUCGCCGAACUUCCACUCCCCUCAGCAAUUCCUCAAUGCUCCCGCUGGGUUCUUUUCUCCUCAAGAUACACAAGUGCCAACUAACGGUAUCGGCACGCCUACACUGGGUAAUACCGGGGCCUUGCCGACUACAGAUAUCCUCUUACACGACCCUGCCACCGAUAUCUGGGCGAUCAUCCCUCACUCGCCCCUCCCUUCAUUGAAUCUGCCACUGAAAUUGGGGAUGAGAAUGGGUUACUUGGCUAAAGAGGACGACGAUAAGAUGUUGGUGUUUGAGGUGAGCUUGUUGCUGUGUCCUAACUACUGGCUGUUGGACAAUUUGAUGCAAAUCAUCCUCAAGCAGUAUAAGCUGUUGGUGUUGAUGAACGACAUCUUGGGGCUCAACGGCGAAGGCAAAGCCGACGAACUUGUGCCUUGGCACAUUAAAGCCGUGGGCAAAGUGUUGGACUACUUGGUCAACGUGUACGUAGAGUAA